AUGGUGGGAGAGGGGAAGCAUCAAAAAGAACUGCAAUGGGGGCUGUGCGCAUGCGCGCCGCGCCGCGUGAGGCAGAUAAGGAUCAAAACCCGCGUGGUGAAAAGACUGGUCCAAGAAAAAAUGAUGUAUGAAAAAAAAGCAAAACAGCAAGAAGAAAAGAUUGAAAAAAUGAAAGCUGAAGAUGGUGAAAAUUAUGCUAUUAAAAAGCAGGCAGAGAUCCUGCAAGAGUCCCGGAUGAUGAUCCCAGAUUGCCAGCGCAGGCUAGAAGCUGCGUAUACUGAUCUUCUGCAGUUAUUAGAGAGUGAAAAAGACUUGGAAGAAGCUGAGGAAUAUAAGGAGGCACGUUUAGUACUGGAUUCAGUGAAGUUAGAAGCCUGAAAUUUUUCUGUACAGGGUGUUUUUUGCACUAAAUCCUGGGAUCCAUUCCAUAACUCAUUAUUUUUGACCACUGCUAUGUGUUC